UCUUGAUAAUCACCAGUCGUCACCAGUGCAUCAGCCACAACCACCACAGACCAAACAAAAGGCAGUAGCCAGUCGUCCCAUCCACCCGCGCUCCCCCACAGACCUCGCCUCGGUUUCGCCACGCGUCCCUGACCGACCUUUCCCCCCAGCCUCCCAGCACACCACGCGCCCAAAUCGUACGAGGGCCCCCCUUCCACAUGUUCUUCAACCGCGCCGUCGCUACACCUCUUCGGUCCAUCCCCUCUUUCGCUGCAUCCCGCGCAAUGUCCACCCAGUCCGUCUACAUCCUCGGCGCGUCCCGCACGCCCAUCGGCGCCAAGGACGGUGUCUUUGCGACCCUCACGGCCCCCGAGCUCGGCACCGCCGCCGUCAAGCACGUCCUUGACAAGGCUGGCGUCAAGGCCGACCGCGUCGAGGAGAUCUACUUUGGCAACGUCGUCCAGGCCGGUGUUGGCCAGUCGCCCGCCCGCCAGGUCGGCAUCGCCUCGGGCCUUCCUGUUGGCGCCGACGCGACCACCAUCAACAAGGUCUGCGCGUCGGGCCUCAAGUCGAUCACGCUCGCUGCGCAGAACAUCCAGCUCGGCCAGCGCGGCGUCAUGAUCGCCGGCGGCAUGGAGUCCAUGUCCAACGCCCCCUUCCUCUCGCCCCGCAAACCCCCUGCCUUCGGCCACUACGAGACCAAGGACUCGCUGGUUGUUGACGGCCUGUUCGACGUCUACAACAAGUUCCCCAUGGGCAACUGCGCCGAGCACACCGCCAAGGAGCUCGGCAUCACCCGUGAGCAGCAGGACGACUUCUGCGAGCUCUCGUACAACCGUGCGCAGAACUCGUGGGCCAACGGCCUGUUCAACGACGAGAUCGCCCCCGUGACCGUCAAGACCCGCAAGGGCGACGUUGUCAUCACCGAGGACGAGGACUACAAGAAGCUCCUCAAGGACAAGUUCCGCUCGAUCCGCUCCGUCUUCAUCAAGGACGGCACUGUCACUGCCGCCAACGCGUCGACGCUCAACGACGGUGCCGCCGCCGUUGUCCUUGCUUCCGGCGACGUUGUCGAGAAGGAGGGCCUCAAGCCCCUUGCCAAGAUCCUCUCGUACGCCGACGCCGCCGUCCAGCCCAUCGACUUCCCCACCGCCCCCACCGUCGCCGUCCCCAUUGCUCUUGAGCGUGCCGGCCUCACCAAGGACGACAUUGACCUGUGGGAGUUCAACGAGGCGUUCUCGGUUGUUCCCGUCGCCACCGAAAAGGUCCUCGGCAUCUCGCUCGACAAGAUCAACAUCAAGGGCGGUGCCGUCGCCCUCGGCCACCCCAUUGGUGCCUCGGGCGCCCGUAUCGUUGCCACCCUCAUCCACGCCCUCAAGCCCGGACAGAAGGGUGUUGCCGCCAUCUGCAACGGUGGGGGUGCCGCCACUGCCAUGGUCAUUGAGCGUGUUUGACUAGGUGAUGAGGCAGGUGGUGCGGCCGCCAACGCCAAGCUGUAGAGGCGUGGCGGCGGGCAUCAUCAGUAGUCUUAAUCGUGGACAUGUGGACGUGUAGUAUGCAUAGGUCUAGCAGUGAA